AUGAGAAGCAGGGCAGUUUUCACUGCCAUAGCUAGGGCUGCCAGGCUAUUUGCUCCCAAGGUCGACCAAGCACAAUGGAAGAAGAGGAAGCAGAUGUACAAGACAUGGUUGUUCAACAACAAGAAAAAGAAGGAGAGAAAGGACAUGAUAAAGUAUGGUAGGAAAUGGACUCCUAGGCAGGUGGUCUACCAGCAGAAGCGGGAGGAGGUGCUGAAGAGGAUUGAGGAAGAGUCCGGGGCAAAGCCAGGAGGUCCCAGGAAACAGCCUGAAGAAUGGUCGACCAACUUCCCGCCUCCCGAGAUACAAGCACAAGUGGCUCGUAAGAAGGGACCGGCUUAUAUGGAGCACUUUUCGAAGGAGAUGUGGAGGCAAUGCAGGAUGAGAGUGUUUGUGAUGUCGGCGUGGAAGAAUGAACAGGGAGAGGUGCUGUUCGGGAUAUCUUCUAUCUCAAUACAUUUGCAUGCAGGCACUGAUGAUAACGAGGCGUUAGGAGAUGGGGACAGUUUCAUGAAGACGAAGGACUGGGAGGACAUCGAGCCAGUUUGGCAGGAGUACGCACAGGAACAAUUCGGUGCCGGGGCACGGGACGGAGGGCGACAGGUGAAGGGAGGUCGAAAGAGAAUCAGGAAGCCUGCUUUCGAACUCGAGACCGACGGGGAUGGGAUGCCGUUGCUUCCAGACAUCACCGAAACAAAACUCGAGGAGAAGAAAGCCAUAGUAUCUGUUCCGGGAUCGAAAAAGGCAGUCGUGCCAUGGAGCGCCAUCGUACAAAGUCAGGAUGACUUUGUGGCAAGACAGUAUGUUCCGGCGGAUGUGGACUUGAAGGAGCCAUCGAAGCUGCAACAUUGGGACACGACCGCCCUACUGAACUUCUGGUAUGCUCGGCAGGAGAGAGGCAAAGGUCCAAUGUUCCUGUUCAAAGCAUGGAAGAACAGAGAUGGGGACAUGGUACCCUCGGUUGUAGCCGGGAAUUUACCUUCUCAUCGGGCUCGUAAAGGUAGAAGAGAUAUGAUCCGAAGGCCUCGGGAGGCCGAAACUGACAGUGAUCCCGAGAGUGAUCCCAAGGGUGACACUGAUCACAUGGAGGAUGAUGCAGGUGAUGACGCAUUGGAAGGUAGAUCCCCGCGAAAGAGACGCAGAGCAGAGCCUGGUCCUUCGACAGCACAUGAAGGGACAGCGGUCCCACGUGCAAUUCCAAAGCCUCGCCCGGUCAAUGCAGGGAGAUCGAGUGCACUGCUGACAUCGCGAAUGGGCGAACCUCCUGGCUGGACUGACUGA